AUGGAGUGUGGCAUUGCUAAGAAGAUCUGGGGACGUUCGAGUGAGUAUGGUAUCCAAUACAAAUUCAUGAUUUGUGAUGGAGACAACAAAGCUUAUAGUAGCAUUUGGGACAUGUAUGGAUGCUGUGAUCUAUGUGAAAAAUGGGAAAAUAUGGACAAGCGUUCGAAAGAGUACAAGAAAUGGGUGGAGAGUGAUGAUUAUCAAAAGUGGAGGGAAAGUCACAAUAGUGGUGAAGUUGAGUGUGACAGAGCAAUGAAACUAGACUGCAUUGGUCAUGUCCAGAAGAGAAUGGGUACUCAUUUGAGGGAUCUAAGAAAAAGAAAAAAAAACCCUGAAAGAUGGAAAGUCAGUCAAGGGCAGUAAGCAUAGGCUUACUGACAAAGCAAUUGACAAGUUGACGACUUAUUAUGGCAAUGCAAUAAGAGGAACUGUGAAGCCUGGUAAGCUUACAGCAGAGCAACAGAAGUCCCAAAUAGCUGUGAUGCAACAAGCAAUCAUGGCUGCGCUAUACCAUUCCUGUGAACUGAUCGAUCCAAACGAGAGACAAAUUUUGUCCAGAUGGUAACGACAGCUGGUGCUCUUAUAAGCGGCAGGGCACACUUGAAAGAAAAGAUCACCAUUUGGAUCCUGUGUUCUUAGAUCUGUUGCUCCCAGAAUUCAAGCGCCUUAGUGAGUAUUCGUUGUUGCUUCGUUGUCUGCCAGGAUACUCUCAAAAUGUCAAUGAGAGCUUGAAUAGCCUUGUAUGGAAUAGAGCUCCGAAACAUCGAUUCAAAGGCCCCAAAUCUGUUGAGAUAGCUGCAAUGUCAGCAGUAUUGCAAUUCAACUCUGGUGCAUCUUCAAGGUACCAAGUGAUGGAAGCAGCUGGCAUUCCUGCUGGAGUAUUUACAUCUCAAGGUAGUGCCAAAAAGGACAAAACAAGGAUUUUUCAUUCUGCCAAGAAGGCGGCAACGUGUGAGAAGGUUAGAAGAAGGAAGAUCAGGCAAGCUAAAUUGGCAGCAGACAUGAGAGAUGAAGGUGAAUGCUCUUACAGCAGUGGGAAGUUCAGAUCCUCUGGCUCAAGUGGGGUCAGAAAGCUCGGAUGA